UCAAUAAAUUUGUAAUAAAUAAAUAAACUAAUGAUAAAAAAACCCAAAAAAAACAGAUUGCCAACAACUGAUAACUAAGCGCUCCUCGCGUGAAUCGACGUGGGAUUUCUACGAAGGUGAGGCAGAAGGACUGUAGGCAUAACUCCGACCGGGUGUCGGGUUGAAAGUAACGUCCACUUUCUGCUGCCACGUAACUCUUAACUUAUCUAUUAAAACUGAUUAGUAGCUAAAUUAAUUCAUUCAUAUUAGUAUAAACGCGAGUUCGACGGUGAUAAUAUAAUAUAUCUUCCUAGCGAAAAAGGUAUGGUGCAAAGGUUACCAUGGAUAUUGAAAACAGUAAUGAGGUUGAGUGACGAAACCAAGAAUGAUGAAACCAAGUGCAAAGUCUGCGGCGAAAUCGUCCUUAGCAAAAAUUUGAAAGACCACAGAACAACUUUCAAACACAUAGAAGCCCAGAAGCAGAAGUACGGAGAAACCGAAUGCAACAUAUGCAAGGAAAAGUUCCCCAAAGGGUACUGGAAGCAGCACAAAACCACCAAAACACACAUCUUAGCUGAACAACAAAAAGAAAUCAGCAAGAUCGUCAAAACCAUGAAAGAGGGCGAAACUGAGGUCUACACUCUUCGUCCAGGCUCUAACGAAAAUCGACACUACAUCAACACUUUGACCACAUUUCUGGCAGUCCGAUUCGCUUUGAGCACCAAUCAAGAUUUCAAAGUCUCGGUUAACAACGACAAGUGGAACGAUUUUGGAGAUAUCGUCUUCGAGUUUGACCACCCUGAAAAAACAAUCGAAGCAAUUCGCUGCAAGAAAAUCGAAACUAAGAAUAAGUACACCCCGGUUGCGCUCACCACGGAGUUUGGGAAACUCAGCCUUAAAGAACAGUGCGAAAUUUUGAAAAAACUAAAACGCAAAGACGAUUUCGUCAACACGAAUUUUAAAUUGUACACAGUGUCGAGUGUCGAGGUUGACAAAAACCCGGAAGUGGUUUACGACGAGAGUGAUGUCCAGAAAUGGCAAUCCGAUGAUAAAGAAUCGUGGAAAGGGGUGAAAGUUGAAAUCAAGCAGUCCAAAUCCAAGAAGAAGGAUUUGUUCAACACAACGGACGAUGCUGAUGAUGUUUGUACCUUCCAGAUGGUGAACCAUACGGAUGAUAGUGUUAAUGAAGACUUGUCGAAGUUCCAGAUGUACAUCAAACAGAAACGAAGACCAGAUGUGAUGUCCUUCAUUGACACAAUCAUCAAGGAUAAGUUGAAUAUCGACUUUGACAUUUCGGAAGAACUGCUCAAGUACGUUAGAUACAAAUUUAAGACCGACAAGGUCCUUAAAAAGCACGAACGUGGUCUGAAAGUAACCAGAGAAAACGUGUUGGUGAAAAUCGCAGAAAUCUUGCUAACACCCUUUUUGGUCGUUCCGCACGACCUAAUCGAAGAGAAAAAUUUAGAUUUGUGGAACGACUCAAUCAAAGAAUUUGAUAUCACGGUCCUUAAACACGAGGAAGAUAUCGUUACAAAAAUGUACAAAGGUAUUAAUCACGUUCUCAAACAAGAAAUUAACUACUCUUUGAGUAUCUUCCAUGAAGUCAAAAUCGACACCGAAAAUAUAACCAACGAAAGACUAAAAAAGAAACUCUUUGGGUACGACGGUUCUCUCAAAUUCUUGUAUCUAGCUUUGUGGAAAUCAAGUCUAACACCCUUGAUUCUGAGAGCCCAAGACCACAAACAACUCCGUCUCAUCUGCGACGUUGUAACUUUUCUCAAAGAAGAAAACUUUCUUUUGAAGUUUGUGAUAACCACUGACCUCAAACCAGAUCACCGAUACUUCUCAGAAAAACUAAAAGUGUUUUUGAACAUGUCUGAUCCCAAACUUCUUGAAAACGUGGUUUUGGAGAAGAUUCUUUCAAAGAAGAUAAAAGUGGUGAAGUUGAACUGUCAAGUAAGUUUGAAAGAAAUCGACGAGUUGAAUUGUGAUUUUUUGAAGAAGCUGAGUCCUGAUGCUUUUUUGAACAUACUUUUCGAUGAUUAUUCUUUUGUCAAUGUUCAGGUACCAAUGACGAACGAGAUUGACGACAAUACUAUAGUUGUUGGUGAUGACGUUAUCAGACAGGUGGCACAGGACUUGAAUGAAAGAGAGGGAAGCACUGAGAACGAACUGAAGUAUCUGGUUAGUGUAGACGAUGAACCGACUUAUAUUCACGUGCCACCACAACUGUAAUCACACUAAGUAACAAUAAAUGACUCCUGUUUA